CAGCCAUUGUCCUCAGAAUUUGCGGUCGACGCUCAAUCGCCGAUCAGGUUGCUCGCGCCGACGUGGCCAGGCCUGGCGCCAAAUGGGAGACCGCAGUCGAUGAGUCUUUCCGAUUCCUCCACAUCUUUUCCACCUUUUUCUGGAAAUCUCGGGGAGUUCUCAGCCUUGAAAGGGGUAUGUGGUGCAGUGCAAGGCACACUUCUGCAACAGUCCCGUGAGACAGUCCCAUAUUGAGGCCUCUCCGAUUCGUGGACAGUAGUAGUUUUCAAUCGGCCGAGGAGUGUGCAAUUGUCGUGAGGAGGACCAGCCGAGGGCGGCGUGUGAAGAAGCGUUUCUGUUGCCAUGGAUCCUUACAAGUAUCGACCAUCGAGCCAAUACAACACACCUUUCUGGACUACAAACCAGGGAUCACCAGUAUGGAACAACAAUAACUCCUUGACAGUUGGCCCAAGAGGACCCGUGCUUUUGGAGGACUAUCACUUGGUGGAGAAGUUGGCCCAAUUUGAUAGAGAGCGUAUCCCAGAACGUGUGGUACAUGCCCGAGGUGCGAGCGCCAAGGGUUUCUUCGAGGUUACACACGAUAUCUCGCAUCUGACAUGUGCUGAUUUCUUGAGGGCCCCAGGUGUGCAGACCCCGGUGAUUGUUCGCUUCUCCACUGUGAUUCACGAAAGAGGUAGCCCUGAGGCCAUCCGCGACCCACGUGGGUUUGCCGUCAAAUUUUACACUCGGGAGGGUAACUUUGACAUGGUUGGCAAUAAUAUUCCAGUCUUCUUCAUCCGAGACGGUAUUAAGUUCCCUGACAUGAUCCACGCCUUGAAGCCAAACCCAAAGAGUCACAUCCAGGAGGCAUGGCGAAUAAUGGACUUUUUCUCGCACGUUCCCGAAUCCUGCAAUAUGUUUACUUUUCUGUUUGAUGACAUUGGUAUUCCUGCCGACUACCGUCACAUGGAAGGUUUCGGUGUACAUACUUUCAAGUUGAUUAACAAGGCUGGAAAAGAAACCUAUGUCAAGUUUCACUGGAAGCCUACAUGCGGUGUGAAGAAUCUGUUGGACGAUGAGGCUGUGCUAGUCGGUGGUGCUAACCACAGUCACGCUACUCAGGACCUGUAUGACUCAAUUGCUGCUGGCAACUUCCCCGAGUGGAAGCUGAUGAUUCAGACAAUGAACCCAGCUGACGAGAACAAGUUUGAGUUUGAUCCUCUCGAUGACACCAAGAUCUGGCCUGAGGAUAGGUUCCCUCUUCAGCCUGUAGGAAGGAUGGUCCUGAACAGGAACAUUGAUAACUUCUUUGCCGAGAAUGAGCAGCUGGCUUUCUGCCCUGGUGUCAUUGUUCCUGGUAUCUACUACAGUGAUGACAAGAUGUUCCAAACACGUAUUUUCUCAUACUCAGACACCCAACGUCACCGUUUGGGCCCUAACUAUCUUAUGUUACCCGUCAAUGCUCCGAAGUGCGCUCAUCACAACAAUCACCAUGAAGGAUUCAUGAACUUCAUGCAUCGUGACGAGGAGGUGAACUACUUUCCUUCUCGAUUUGAUCCCGUUCGUCAUUCGGAACGAGUCCCAAUUUCUCAGUCAAGACUUGCAGGAGUGAGAGAGAAGGCCGUUAUUCCCAAGGAAAACAACUUCCAACAAGCUGGAGAGAGGUUCCGGUCCUUUGACCCUGCUCGUCAAGACCGAUUUAUUAAGCGUAUUGUUGAGCUCCUGUCAGACCCCAGGGUGACUCAGGAAGUCCGUAGUGUGUGGUUCUCGUACUGGAUGCAGUGCGAUAGGACUUUGGGUCAGAGAAUUGCCUCACAGUUCAGUAUGAAGGCGUCUAUGUAGACCAUCUGUUUAUUUUAAAUCAUAUUUUAAGUAUGUCUACUAGCUUGGAUAUGAGUGACCGGAAUUUGCAAGACUUGGUGUCUCCGAGCUAUUGAAACCAAAGCUUGUAUUAACAGGAUUUUAACGUGAAUAAUUAUCUUGUACUUUUGGACCAGAAACCCUCAUGAAAGUUAGUUGUACUUGGCUUUGAA